AUGGAAUUUCUAUUAAAAGCGGCUACGAGUUGGCCUGUAUUAGUACAUCGUCCUCCGUCUGAGCUUGAAAUGGUUCAUACAGCUCUUGAUGAAAUUAUCAGAACAUCAGUGAAAUCUACAAGAAACACAGCAAGGAUGUAUGGAAUUUCUUAUAGAGACGCUGCAUAUGUGAAUGCUCUUAACAGAGUUUACGAAAAUAUGAGAUAUAGUAGCUAUGCUGCUUAA